AUGGCUCUCUCGAUGAAGCAGACCCUGGCCUGCAAGGCCGCUGGCCGGUCUCGCACCGUGUCUGUGAAGGCCCUGAAGUACGCCGAUGAGCUGGUUCAGACCGCCGGCAAGGUCGCGUCCAAGGGCCGCGGUAUCCUGGCUAUGGAUGAGUCCAACGCCACGUGCGGCAAGCGCCUGCAGUCGAUCGGCCUCGAGAACACCGAGGACUCUCGCCGCGCGUACCGUGAGCUCCUGGUCACCACCCCCGGCCUCGGCAAGUACAUCUCCGGCGCUAUCCUGUUCGAGGAGACUCUGUUCCAGAAGCCCGAGGUGCUGCUGGACGGCGAGCACGACAUCGACGCCUGCCUGGAGGUGCAGGAGGCCAUCUGGGCUGAGACCUUCAAGUACCUGGCCGACAACAAGGUGCUGUUUGAGGGCAUCCUGCUCAAGCCCGCCAUGGUGACCCCCGGCGCUGACGCCAAGGUCAAGGCCUCCCCCGAGACCGUGGCCUCCUACACCCUCAAGAUGCUGCGCCGCCGCGUGCCCCCGGCUGUGCCCGGCAUCAUGUUCCUGAGCGGCGGCCAGUCCGAGCUGGAGGCCACCCUCAACCUCAACGCCAUGAACCAGAGCCCCAACCCCUGGCACGUGUCGUUCAGCUACGCGCGCGCCCUGCAGAACAGCGUGCUCAAGAGCUGGCAGGGCAAGCCCGAGAACCUCGCGGCCGGCCAGGAGGCGCUCCUCAAGCGCGCCAAGGCCAACAGCGACGCGCAGCUCGGCCAGUACGACGCCAGCGGCGAGAGCGCCGCCGCCGGCGAGCGCACCUACGAGAAGGGCUACAAGUACUGA